UCUUCUAUUAUUAUCAGCCACUAAAAGCAUAAGGGGAACAACUUGGACAGAACAGCUACUCUUUCUUAAAUCAACCUACAAGUCCCAGAUAGGAAGAGGUCAAUGACCUAGGAGCAGCAAUCAAUUCAAGAUUUAAUUUUCAUUAUGUUAUUCAUGAACACCUGGAGCACUACACUAUAAUGCGCAAAUGGAUACUGACAUGGAUCCUGCCAACUUUGCUCUACAGAUCAUUCUUCCACAUUAUCUGUCUAGUGGGCACUAUAUCUUUAGCUUGCAAUGACAUGACUCCAGAGCAAAUGGCUACAAAUGUGAACUGUUCUAGCCCUGAGCGACAUACAAGAAGUUAUGAUUACAUGGAAGGAGGGGAUAUAAGAGUGAGAAGACUCUUCUGUCGAACACAGUGGUAUCUGAGGAUUGAUAAACGAGGAAAAGUGAAAGGGACGCAAGAGAUGAAGAACAAUUAUAAUAUUAUGGAAAUCAGGACAGUGGCAGUUGGAAUUGUGGCAAUCAAGGGAGUGGAAAGCGAAUACUACCUUGCAAUGAACAAGGAUGGAAAACUCUAUGCAAAGAAAGAAUGCAACGAGGAUUGCAACUUCAAAGAAUUAAUUCUGGAAAACCAUUACAACACGUAUGCAUCAGCUAAAUGGACACACGGUGGAGGAGAGAUGUUUGUUGCCUUAAAUCAAAAGGGGUUUCCUGUAAAAGGGAAGAAAACCAAGAAAGAACAAAAAACAGCCCACUUUCUUCCUAUGGCAAUAACCUAAUCAUAUAUGGUACCUAAGAAACCAGUUCCAGCAGGGAGAUUUCUUAAGUGGACUGUUUUCUUUCUUUUUUUCUUUUCUUUUCUAUUUUUAAAAAGUAACCAAGAAAGGCUGGAAAACUACUGAAAAACUGAUCAAGCUGGACUUGCGCAUUUAUGUUUAUUUUAAGAGACUGCAUUAAAGAAAGAUUUGAAAAAUAUACACAACAAUCAGAUUUAGUAACUAAAAGUUGUAAAAAAUUGUAAAACUGGUUGUACAAUCAUGGUGUUAGUAAUAGUAAUGUUUUUUCUUAAAUUAAUUUACCCUUAAGAGUAUGUUAGAUUCAAUUAUCUGAUGAUUAUUUAAAUAUUCCUAUCUGCUUAUAAAAUGGCUGCUAUAAUAAUAUUAAUAAUAAUUCAGAUGAUGUUUUAUAAGAUAUGUCAGACCUAGAGGCUGCUGGAAUGAUUUGUCAAACAAUCAAGCCAAAGUUAACUAUGGAAGAUGAGCAGUAUUUGAAAUGCUUUCUAGUGAAAAAUUAUUAUUCUCUUAAAAUCUAUUCAGAAAAAGGGACUAUUUUCAAAAUUCACUAUGGAAUUAAAUCAAAUAGGUAGUUUCACAAAAGUAAAGAAUUAGAAUGUGUACCUAUCAACAGGAAGAAAAUUUUAGUGCUGCUCUAAUUGAAAGGAUAUUGCUAAAAGGGUGUUUUUUUUUUAAAGAAUCUUGUAUAUAAAACAGCAAUAAUAAUGAUAAUUCUGUACUUCAUCUCACUUGACACAAGAAAACAUUUUAUGAUUCCUAAAGGUAAAAUUCAGAAAUCUUUGUGUGUUUUUUUUGAAUAACAUAAUCUAUCUUUUGUAUAAUUCAUAUCCAGGAUAUGGCUUUUAACAAUGUUCUUCCCACAAAUAAUCAUGCUUCUUUACUGUGGUUACAGCAUUAAACUCUAUUUUAAGUUGUA